UAGUUCCCCCACGUGAAACCAUUUAAAACUUACGACCAAACUAUAUGCGUCUACUAGGUGUUUAGCAAGUUCAUGUAAAAUGCACGUUAUACCUUAAACAACGUGUGGGUUGACUUCAGCAGUUUAACUAUAUUCGCUACUUUAUGAGUACUGUGUGGUAGCUAAAUUAGCAAGCUACAUUUCCAUGGCUUUGAAGUUGAUUGGCGUUUCCGAAAAUGCAGCAAUGCUCCCGGACGACUACGGUUGUGUGGUGGCGAAUCGUUUCUGUCAGCUUGUGGAUGACGAGGCCGACCCGUUUGACUUUAUAAAACAGGCCGAGGUACAAAAGGAGAAGAAAAAGAAAGCAAACCAAAUGACAGUGAAGCCUAAAAAACCUGGACAGAGGGAGUCCCAGGGAGAUAGGCGGGUCUCCGUUUUAGCCGACAGAGAAGACAACCUGCCAAGAAAUGAAACAGGUACUAAGUGGUCUGCCCGAGGGGGAGGGGUCCAGAAUGAGAGCAGAGGGGUGGUGGAGGCUGAGAGUGGCGCAAGGCGAGGUGUCCUUGGGGAACGCAGGACCAACCAAGAGGAACACCCACUGGAUUACUCCAUCCAGAAGCCAGCUCAUUAUGCUUAUGGCCAAGUUCAAGGAGGAGGAGGCGGCUACAGAAACAUGGAUACUACCGGUAACUUCAACCUGAGAGGCAAGAGAGAAUAUGAACCCCACUGUGGAACAGGCAUCUCCCUUGAGGAGAAGAGAGGAGGACGUGGGCCCUGGAACAGGGGCUGUGUUCAAGACCCUAUUUCCAUGGGUGAUGUAGGGGUGAUUGUGAAGCCUGAUGCAGGAGGCAUCCCACCUGAGGCCGGUCAACAGCCAGCAGCGAUGGCGGGAGAGAAUCACCUAUCGGAGGGUGAUGUGGUGGUCCAAGUUGCCAUGGAGAUGUCUCUGGAUGAGUGGAAGGCCCUGCAGGAGCGGAGUCGCCCCAAGGCAGAGUUUAACCUCCGUAAGCUGGACUGCAAGGUGCCCUCCAAGGCCAGAGUAAUACACAAGUCCAAACGCAUUGAGAACUUGAAGGCGGAGUCUGUGGAGGAAGAGGACUGCCACUUCUCCAGUCUGCGCAGGUCUGCCAAUGACAUCACUUCCCACUUGGAGUUCAACUUUGGCAGCCUGCUGCGCCCCAGCCGAGGGGGGAAGGGACAAGGCAGGGGGAUGACUGAAAGGGCUUAUGUCUUAGCCCCAAACCCAGAAGACCCUGAUGACUUCCCUGCAUUGGCUGUGGGGAGAUAAAUUAUAUGGUGAUUAACCUAAUACAAUUUGGGAACUUAUACAUGGUGUGCCUUAUUAUUAUAUUUUUUUUUAUAUAUAUAUGUUUUGAGAUUAAUUAUAUUACAAAGGAUUCCCUGUUUACAUUUGCCUCCUGGUGAAAUGGGUUGCUCUCUAAUCUAAGCACUGUUUGUUGCUAUGCCAACACUGGUCUUGUGUACAUUUGUUAUUUCUCCUCCUGGCUUGUGUUCUGACUGAAGCAAUGUUCAAUAAGACCUGUGACAAAU